AUGUAAGACUAUGAAGCAGAGUAAAAUUUCAUCAAUUUCUUACAACUAGAAAAAUAUGUAAGUUAGGUAGAAGAAUUUUCGUCUUGUCAAUUAAUUUUAUCAAAUCAAGAGAAUCCUUUUGUAACAUAAAUAGCAGAUUAAAAUCUUUUACCUUAAAAUAAAUAAGCUAAAAAGAUAAAGAAGAAAAAGAAACGAGUUGAUUUUCAUAAUAAAAGAAGAAGAAGAAACAAUAAAAAUAUAGAAUUGAAUAAUAAUACACCAUUCAAUUUUAGUGAAGACCAAAAAAUAUUGUCCUUAGUACUUGAACAUGGACCGAAAUUCUCUGUGGUUUCAAAAUACUUUAUUGAUAGAAAUCAAAAUGCUAUUAAAAACAGGUAUUACAAAAACCUUCGAUUCAGGUGGGAUUAAGUAUUAGGAAGGUAAUAAGUAUAUUCAAAUAUUUUUUUUAGCGAUUUCUCACAUCUAAAUUCAAGAAAAAAUGAUUCUGUAUAGGGUUAAGACAUUACAUAAAUGAUAGAAGAGAUGAACUUUUACCCUGAAGUUACAAACAUAUUGUCUAAAUUCAUAAAAAGAGUUUAUUUACAUUUUAAUUGA